AUGUCUCAAUUAUUCGCUGGAAAAGCCCUUAUCAACCAAAAAGGGGAGGAAAUCAAUGCGGAAGAAGCCCUAAAGGAUAAGAAAAUCGUCGGACUCUAUUUCUCAGCCAUGUGGUGUGGUUCUUGCCGUCAAUUUACUCCAAAACUCAAAAGAUUCUAUGAGGCACUGAAAGCGGCUGGGAAGGAUAUUGAAAUUGUGUUGGUCUCGAGAGAUAGGGAGAAGGAGGACUUGUUGGAGUAUUUGGAGCAUGGAGGAGAAUGGGUUGCCAUUCCAUUUGGGGAUGAGAGAAUCCAAGAGUUCCUCAAGAAGUACGAGGUCCCAACCAUCCCAGCAUUCAAAUUGAUCAAUUCUGCCGGAGAAUUGCUCCAUGAUGCUCGUGCCGACGUCACUGAACGUGGAAAGGACGAUGCUGUUGCUCUUUUCGAGGAAUGGGUCCAAAAGUUCCCAGCUAAUUAG